GAGCAAACCUCACUUACAACAGCCCUCCCAUAAAGACUGUUAUUAAUAUGCCUGACUGAUCUGGGUGUGUGUAGUCUGGGAGCAUUGCAAGCGGCAGGAUUGCUAGUAGAUUAGAGCACUCAUCGAUAAAUUCCCGGCGUGUUGUUGCAGCGUCAUUCUGUUUGAAUGAAGUUCAGACUGAGAUCUAGCCAACUCUUCAUUCGUGCCCCGGUGGAUCGAAACAGGAAAAAACAAAGGGUUGAGGAAGUAAAAGGUUGCCAAAUAUGCCGGUGUAUACAGUAAAUGUGAAAUGGGGCAAAGAGAAGUUUGAUGCAGUAGAGCUGAACACAGAGGAACCUCCCAUGGUCUUCAAGGCUCAGCUCUUUGCCCUGUCAGGAGUUCAGCCCGACAGACAGAAGGUCAUGGUGAAGGGAGGCACUCUGAAGGAUGAUGAAUGGGGAAACAUUAAACUUAAAAAUGGAAUGACCCUCCUGAUGAUGGGCUCAGCAGAAGCCCUCCCUGAGGAGCCCGCUGUCCGGCCCAUGUUUGUAGAAGACAUGACUGAGGAGCAGCUGGCCUCAGCGUUGGAGUUGCCCUGUGGGCUGACAAACCUGGGCAACACCUGCUACAUGAAUGCCACAGUGCAGUGCCUGCGCUCUGUGCCAGAGCUCAAAACUGCACUUAGGAGGUACGCAGGUGCUCUGCGAUCUUCAGGAGCAAGUGCCCCAUCCCAAUACAUCACGGCAGCCCUUCGUGACUUGUAUGAGACCAUGGAGAAGACCUCCUCCAGCCUGCCACCCAUCAUUUUGCUGCAGUUCCUUCACAUGGCCUUUCCACAGUUCGCUGAGAAGGGGGACCAGGGACAGUACCUCCAGCAGGAUGCCAACGAGUGCUGGCUGCAGAUGAUGAGAGUGCUUCAGCAGAAGUUGGAGCCACUAGAGCCCGAGACUCCCAUGGAGACCGAGUCUGAGAGCGCAGCUGCCUCUGCCUCCACAAAGAAGAACCUCAUUGACCAGUACUUCGGCGUAGAAUUCGAAACCUCUAUGAAAUGCACAGAGGCUGAGGACGAGGAGCCAAUCAAAGGCAAGGAAAACCAGCUCCAGCUCAGCUGCUUCAUCAACCAAGAAGUCAAAUACCUUGCAACAGGACUAAGACUGAGACUGCAGGAAGAAAUCACAAAAAUGUCUCCAUCCUUGGAAAGAAAUGCCAUGUAUAUAAAAUCUUCGAAACUCAGCCGUCUCCCUGCCUACUUGACUGUUCAAAUGGUGCGGUUUUUCUACAAAGAGAAGGAGUCCGUCAAUGCUAAAGUGCUUAAGGAUGUCAAGUUCCCGCUCAUGUUGGAUGUCUACGAGCUGUGCACCGCGGAGGUCCAGGAGAAAAUGCUGCCCAUCAGGUCAAAGUUCAAGGUGGUCGAGGACAAGAAGCUAGAGAAUGCGCAGAAACAGGUGGUGAAGAAACCGGAUGGAGUUGCAGAAAAAGUGAAAUAUGAGCCCUUCUCCUUCCCUGAUGACCUGGGCUCCAACAACAGCGGCUACUACGACCUGCAGGCUGUGCUCACACACCAGGGCCGCUCCAGCUCCUCAGGCCACUACCUGGGCUGGGUCAAGAGGAAAGAAGAUGAGUGGGUGAAGUUUGACGACGACAAGGUGAGCCUGGUGACCCCCGAGGACAUCCUGCGGCUGUCCGGCGGGGGGGACUGGCAUAUAGCGUACGUUCUUCUGUACGGCCCCCGCAGGCUGGAAAUCUUCCAAGAGGAUCAGUAGCUGUGGAAGACAUCCUCCAAGACAACGAGUACAAAAUGCCAUUUCCAAGCACUGUCUGCAUAGAUGUGCAAUAAAACUGGUGUCUUUAAAGAUUUGAUGACCUUCAUUUUUUUUGUUUUUUGUAACCAACACAGAUGCUUGUAAAACAAAUUCUGUCAAAAGGUGUUAAAUAUUCAACUAUAGUGGGCUUUAAAAAUUGAGAUUUGACGAGAGGCAAUCUCUGGACUGGAUCCUUGAAAGAGGAUUUUCCGUCUAGCGCUGCAGUUUCAUUAAAUGUUUUAUACACAUUGUAUAUUUUUUAAAGCCUUUGCUAAGGUGCUCAUAUCAUAAAAGCAAAAUAUUUCUCUUUAGUCAUUUAAUCAACGUGUACGAAAAUGCCUAGCCAAGCCGCUGUCUGACAUUCUGGCUUGUAUCGUCUCAGAUGUAUUAUGGAGGUUUUGACGUGUUGACCUGCUGGGAAACUUGGGUUCAAUCUCAGGUCUUUUCUUAAGUGCUUGGCUCACAUCAUCUCCUGGAAUUGUUCUAAAAUGUAUUGACAGAUGAGCUUCUUUCUGCCAAAUCUUCACUAAUGCUUUUUUGGGGGGGGAAGUGUGUGGGGAACCGGUUUUGAACAGUUUGUCCUUGUGUUGAACUGUGUGUUUAAAUAAAGACUUGAGAUUCAACCGUGAUGGUUUACUCCACCAGCCUUGAA